UUUUUUUUUUCCCUCAAAUUAAUGAAAUUCCUAAUAAAUACAUUUUAUUGUACUUUCAAUAACUUCUUCCUUUUCACUUUUUUUUUUCCUUCUUCAUAAAACUUUUAUCUUUUUUUUUUAUGGAGAUAUUUAGUAUAACAAAGAAGAAUAAAAGGAAAGAAGGGGAUUCAACUUUAAUACCUAGUUUACCAAGACAUACUUCAACACCUGGUGAAAAAAAUUCACUUCCUCCUUCCACUUCCUGGAAUUAUUCUUCUCGAUCUUCCUCCAUUUCAAAUGAUGGAUCCUAUCUUACCAACGUAAGCAUAAGUAGCAAUCGACUAAAUUCUCAUAAAAGUUUAGUAGAUUAUAAUGGAUAUAGUGAAGCAGAGAUAGAAGACAUGUUUGAAAAAAUGCUGACACGAAGAGGUAUUCGUGAUAAUGCAGCACGUUCAGUUAUGUUAGACUUUUCAACUGAAAAGAAAUGGUUGAUGAUAUCCCAAGAUAAGCAAGCCAACUUUUCAAAUUUGAAUACACUGAAUUCUUCAUCUGCUAGUACUAAUGUUGGAAAUAACUCAAAUAAAGAGAAUCAUCAUCAUAAUUCUACUCCAAUAACUUCAGUAGACAAAAAUUCUCCUGAGUUUUAUAUUGAAAAAUUAUCGGAACCCGAUACGAAAGGUGUCACUCCACGUCUAAUUGCCCAUUUAGCCGUAAGUUUAAGAACAAUGUCUUUAAGCUGGGUGAGGAAGUUUAUAGAACUGAAAGGCAUACAAAUUAUCACAAGCGUUCUUGAUGUGAUCAAUAUAAGGGAUCAAAAAAAUGAAUCGGACUUGCAGAUGGAAGCUGAAAUUUUAAAAUGCUUUAAAUCAUUAAUUAAUAAUAGAUGGGGCGCCGGAGAAGUUAUUUCACAUCCUCAAUGCGUUUUUCGUAUUGUAUUAUCGCUUGUAUCACCUCCUAUUCAAACACGAAAAUUAGUCUGCGAAAUUUUAGCUUUUGUAUGCCAUGUCGAUUUACCAAAGGGGCAAGAUAUUGUACUCAAGGGCUUAGAUAAAUUAAGUGAACAUCUUGGUGAAUUUGGUAGAUUUGAUGCCUGGUUAAAGUUAUUAGAAGCAACAUUAGAUGGAAGAGGAAAGAUGGGAAGCUUAGUAGGUGCAAGUGAAGAUGUGAAACGAUUAGCAGGAAGUGGUGCACCCGAUAGUCAUUUAAGUGAUUUUGCUUUAUCCAAUAUGAUGUUAGUCAAUUCUCUCGUUACAGUUAUUGAAGAUGUUGAGAUUCGUGUUCAUCUUCGUAAUCAGUUGAAUGCGAGUGGAUUAGAUUCGAUUAUGGAAAAAAUGAUGCAAUUUAAUAACGAGCAACUUAAACGCCAUAUCAAUAUCUAUAGGCAAAUGUGCGAAAAUGAUGUGGAUGAGAUUAUGGACAUUUAUAAUGAAACUAUGCUGACCAGUAUGAAUGAUCCUCGUGCUUGUUUUGAACGUAUUUUGGAAAGAGUAGAGGGUACUCGAAGUUAUAACUUUUUCUUAAGUGCACUUCAACAUCUUCUUAUGGUACAAGCUCAAGGUGAUAUUCAAGUUCGUUAUUUCCAAAUUAUAGACAAGUUAAUUACACAAGUUGUAAUGGAUCGAAAAGGAAUUGAAAAUGAUAGUUUUUCAGGAUCAGGUGUGGUUUGGUCAGUUGGUAUGCUGAUUGAUAAAUUUGCCGAACAAGAUCAGUUAAAUGCUGCCCUAAAGGAGGCGGAAGAAACAAAAAAAAUGUAUGAAAAAGCUAUUAAAGAGAAACAGGAACUUGAAACUGAAAUUAAUUUAAAAGAGGAUGGUUUGAUCGGUAUAUUGCGAGAUAAAACAAACUCGCUGGAGGAUUUAUUACGUAUGUCACGUCAUACUAUAUCUACCCUACAACGGAAAUUGAAGGAUAUUCAACAUGAAUAUGAAAUGAAUAUUGCAGCUCUAGAUCAACAAUUAAGGCAGAUUUAUACAAAAGCGAUCGAUGCUAAUCGUAAAGAUGGAAUUGUUGAAGAUGACCAAAAUGGCCACUUUGUGUUAGGUAGAGAGGAAGUGACGAAGGCAUACGAUCGUCUAAAAGCACAAGCCAUUUUAGAAGGAAAACCAGGACAAAAUGAAGAAGAGUAUAUUCCCCGAGCAGAGGGAUUGUCAGAUAGUUUCAAAGCAUCUCUACUAGGACAACUUAGUGGUGGACCGACUGAAUUUGUUAUUCCUGGAACAGCUCCUCUAAUUGGAUCAACUCGCCGUGUUCCUGUUUCUGGCGGAAGAAAGAAUUGGUUAUCUGAUGCCUCUUCAGCAGAACUUAAUAAUGAUAAUAAAGAUGGCAUAAAGAUGAGUAUCGAGCUUAAAGACCAAGUAGAUCAACUUUUAAGUGAAGAAUCUAAUGAGAUUUCAAAUAACAUACCAGAAGAUUAUUCCGAUAAACCAAUUAGUGCACUGGCUGCAGAAUUGGAACUUAAAUUGAAAAAGCAAAGCAAUAAGGAUAAUUCAACUCUACUUUCCUCUGCUGACAAAUCAACUACCACUAUUAACUCCUCUGAACCUAAUUUUAAGCCUUCAAAACAAUUGAUACAAUCAGACGAACAAAAUAAUGUUUCAAACGAAACUGUAAAUAAUCAACCACCUACUGAUAUACCAUCACCACCACAAAUAUCAUUAUCAACAUUACAAUCUGAAAAAUCAGAAAACCAAAAUAUACCAUCUCCUCCCCCACCACCGCCACCACCUCCACCACCACCAACGACUAAUGGAGCUAUACCACCUCCACCUCCGCCACCGCCACCACCACCGCCAAUGACUAAUGGAACUAUACCACCCCCACCUCCUCCUCCACCCCCACCACCGCCAUCUUCUUUUUCAAAUGGUCAAAUACCCCCACCACCCCCACCGCCACCUCCACCACCUGGUUCUAAUGCAGUACCACCUCCACCCCCACCUCUUCCUGGAACAUUGAAUGCCCCAGUUGCACCUUCUGCACCAACUCGUAAAGUGAUUCGUCAUCAGCCUAAUGUGAAGACAAGGGCACUUCAAUGGACUAAACUUCAAGCCAACUUUGUGGGCAAAACAAUUUGGGGAUCUGAUGAUAUUGAUGAAAUGGCAUUAGAAGAUGAACUUGAUGAGUUAGGAAUCUUUAAUUCUAUUGAAGAAUUAUUCGCGCAAAAGGUGAUUCAAAGCAAGAAACGAGUGAUAAAGGAGAAGAGACAAGAAAUUCGUAUCUUAGAUCCUAAAAAGGCAUAUAAUAUUAACAUCGCUUUACUUUCAAAAUUGAAACGUUAUACAUUUGAAGAGGUUCGAAAAGCAAUUUUAGCUGUAGAAGAUGAUAUCCUUACAGAAAAUCUUUUGAUUCAUUUGCAAGCUAAUGUACCUACAGCAGAAGAACAAGGCAAACUGUCUGUAUUUGUUAAGAGUGCCUCAGAGGAAGAGUUGGAGCAAUUAUCCAAACCUGACAGCUUCUGCGUUGAGAUGUUAAAAAUUGAUCGAUAUAAGGAAAGAAUAGACAAUAUGCUAUUCCGUGCUACAUUUGCAGAGAAACAUCAACAGUUAUCUCGAAAUAUGAAAUCUGUCUUGGAAGCUUCUAUUGCCCUGAAAGAGUCAAAAGCAUUCAAAGAGUUAUUAAAGUUCAUUCUAGUUAUGGGCAACUUUAUGAAUGGAACUACUUUUCAAGGAGGCGCUUUUGGUAUUCGUAUAGCAAGCAUCAACAAGUUGGUUGAUACUAAAGGAACAGAGAGCAAUACUACUUUACUUCAUUUCUUGGUGGAUUCUGUUGAAUCUAAAAUCCCUCGUCUUCAUCAUUUCUUGGAUGAUCUUCAAGAAAGUGGCAAUGCUUGCAAAGUUACGUUACAAGAUAUGGUUAAAGAGUAUAAUGAAAUUCGUGUGGGUCUACAGAAAUUAAUACAGGAACUAGAUAAUCAUUAUCCAGAAACAGAAGAUGAGGACGAAAAUACAGAAGAAGGCGACAAUUAUGCACAAAUAAUGAGAAACUUCAGAAAUGAAGCGAUUGAAAAGUUUGAAGAACUUGAAGUUAGAUAUACAUCUAUGGAUGUAGCUUACAGAGAUGUUGUAAGCUACUAUGGUGAAAAUCCUGAUCAAAUGAAGCCAGAUGAAUUCUUUGGCAUCUUCAAGACAUUUACAUCAAGUUGGGAGCGUGCUAUGAGCGAUAAUGUAUCUGCUAAAAAGAAGCUUGAAACUAUGGAAAAGGCAAGACGAGCUGAGGAAGCACGCAUAGAGAAAAUAAAGGCACAACGACUUCGUGGUGUUGAUACCAGUGAUGCAAAUCAAUUAGGAAUGGAUGAAGAUAAGAACAUCAUGGAUAAUCUAUUAGAUAAAUUGAGAGAAGGAAAUAUAGACACAAGUAGUAGACGUAAUAGAAAUCAAGAAAAGUCUUUAACUCCACGUGAAAAACGAAUACAGAAGAGUGAAUCAAUUGUAAUCUUGGCUGAAAAUUUACUAAAAUCAAUUCAAUCAGAUAAUGAAAGCGAUUCGCCUACUUUAUCUAGAGGCAGUAGUCGUUCAUAUACAAAAAGAAACAAAAAUGAAUUAUCUAUUGCAGCAUCAUCAUUAGAGGAGUUUUCUGUUUAAAUGUAUUUUUAUUCUUUUUUUUUAUACCUUAAUUUAUACAUAUUCAUCAUAUAUUCUUUUUACAACAUGCUUAUGUAUAGAGAGAGAGAC